CGCGCGGAAUUCGGAACAUGCGACUAUUCCAGCCGGAGACACGCACAAGGGCACACCUAUAGCGAUGGUCAAGUUCAGAGUCACGCUGGCGGUGUCGAUCGCGUUGGUUGCCCUCUGCCUGAUCGGGCUUCCACCGGCGAUCGAUGGCGCAAAAAUUUUGGGAAUCUUUCCAACUUCUGCCCGUAGCCAUUUUAUUGUAGGCUCUUCUCUAAUGAAGGAGUUAGCACGACGUGGUCACGAGGUGACUGUUAUCAAUCCAUUCCCGCAGAAGAAACCGCUGCCCAAUUACCGAGACAUUGAUGUAUCAAUUGAACAGGAUAUCAUGAAGAAUUUCAUGCCCAACAUGCUCGAUUUGGCUGAUCACUCUGUGAUCGAGAGUAUUACGAAGACGUACGAGUUCGGUCACUUGAUCACCAAUCAGACACUGCAGCACCCGAAUGUCCACCGGUUGCUUAGCUCGAACGAAAAGUUUGAUCUCGUCAUCAUGGAGGCGUUCUUGAAUGAUGCUCAUCUAGGGUUUGCACAUCACUUCAAAGCCCCGUGCGUAGCGUUGUCCACCUUCGGUGCAUCCCGUUGGACCAAUGAAAUGGUCGGUACACCAUCACCGAUCUCGUACAUUCCCCAUCCCUUCCUGCGCUUCACCGAUCGUAUGUCGUUCGUCGAACGGAUCGGCAAUGCGCUCAUGACGGUCGCGGAUAUGAUCGCCGGCCAGUUACUCGACUUCCCCGUUCAGAGCGCGAUGUACGAGCAGGCAUUCCCGGGACCGAAGCCUCCCUUAGAGCACCUGCGCAAGCAUUCCGUAUCGCUGGUGCUACUGAACAACCACUUCAGUUUGAGCUACCCGCGACCGUACGUUCCGAACAUGAUCGAGGUUGGCGGAAUGCACGUGAACCGCAAACCGAAACCACUGCCCGACGAUAUUAAGGCCAUUCUGGAUGGGGCACCCCACGGAGUGAUCUAUUUUUCGCUCGGUUCCAAUCUCCAGAGCCGGCAGCUGCCGAUCGAGAAACGUGAAGCGAUACUGCGCGUGUUCGCCAGCCUGAAGCAGACGGUCCUGUGGAAGUGGGAGGACGAGACGCUGCCAAACAAGCCGGACAAUGUGAUCGUAAAGGCGUGGUGGCCCCAGGAUGAUAUUCUUGGCCAUCCGAAUGUGCGGCUCUUCAUCACGCACGGUGGUCUGCUCAGUACGACCGAGUCUAUGUACCAUGGUGUUCCUGUCAUUGGUAUUCCCGUGUUCGGUGAUCAGUACCUGAACAUGGGCAAGGCGGAACGGACUGGCUACGGGUUGCUGCUGCCGUAUAAGGAGAUUAGCGAGGAGCGACUAGCGACCACGAUUGCGAAGAUACUAAGCGAUUCCAGCUACCGGACCGUCGCGCAAUCCAUCUCGGCUCGUUACCGCGAUCAGCCGCAGAAUCCGCUCGAUUUGGCCGUGUUUUGGGUGGAAUAUGUGAUCCGGCAUAAGGGUGCCGUACAUUUGAAAUCGGCAGGCCAGGAGCUUGGGUUUUUGCAGUACCACGGCAUCGAUGUGUUCGCUACCAUCAUCGGUGUUCCGGUGCUAUUCAUCUAUCUGCUCUCCAAGCUGCUCUGCGGAAAACGAACCAAGCAUAGCAGUGGUGGAAAGGGGACAGUUAGUGGCUCGAAGAAACGAAACUAAACUUUUGCCUGUAAGCGAGUGAACUUAAGUCUAGAUUCUGAAAUAGAGAGAUUGUUUUGGAGUGUAUCAUAGGUCUUCCGUGUGAAUCUUUCAUCUGCCGUAAUGAUAAGACGAAGUCUUAUGCUGUGAAUGAAAUUACUCCCAAUUUCAAACUUCACUGGCGGACCUCUACUGCUCUUCUUCGUGCCAGCAAUUGAAACUCCAGAGAGCGUGAGCGAAAUGCUUAGAAAAAACUUCUCAACUAGUUUGACCUUCACAUGAUGAGGAAGCAGGUUUUUGGCUGAACCGAGCCGCAACAGGUUACCGUGAGCGACAUAGCAUACAAUCGAACAUCGCCCGGUGAUCAGACGUGGUUGCUGUGGUUUUGGUAUUUUCAACUGUUGUCUUAUCGCAAUGCGCUUUGGUAUGUAAUAAACUGUUUUCAAUAAAGAAUACGAACAAUGCAAUCGGCUACUGCAAUGCCAAUCGUGAUAUCUCUCUUUCUGUUCGCG